AUGGUAACAAUCAAUUCUCUUCCUCCAGAAGUGUUAACAAACAUUUUAAACAGAAUUCCUAUACUUUCCGAGUUAUUUUCCAUUUCGACAACAUGUCGUCUUUGGCAUUCUGUUAUUAUUGAUGAAUGGUUUCUUCAACAGAGAUUUGAACGUUUUAAAAAAGAAAAUAGCAUCGGCCAUUGGAAAUUUGAAGAUGCUUCCCAUAUUGGACAUGACUCUUCUGGUUAUACGAAGAACAAUUAUUCCAUCAUAGGUCAACCUAUUCAGUCCAAUUGUUUUCUCGGUAAAUCGAUUCAACUCGAUGGGCAAUCGAUGAUUACUAUACCAGUAAAGGAUCUUGCUCGUUAUCAAACAGAUUAUUUUGCCAUGUCAUGUUGGAUUUAUUGUAAUAAAACAUUUUCGACUGAAUGGCAAGUAGCAGUAGGAUCAUGGUAUGAUUGGAAAAAUUCAUGGUUUCAUCUUGGUUUUUAUGGACAAGAAACACUUCACAAUCAAAUAUUGAUUUCCAAUACACAUCAGUAUCAAUUCAAUUGUCAUUCAAAAACAAAAAUUCAAACAAAGAGAUGGUAUCAUGUGGUGAUACAAGUGUCACGAGAAAAACAAGAAAUCUAUAUAGAUGGAAAACGGGAAGGUCAGUUGGAUAUGACCGACCCAAACAACCGUAGUGAGAUAUGGAGCCAUCCUAUGAGUCGAACAGAAAAAUGGGAAGAUAUGCAAAUGGAUAUGCCACAUGCUCUAUGUAUCGGUUCAAAAUCAUCAGAAUCCUUUCCACGUACAUUCUGGCAUGGACAAGUGGCAGAUGUUUGCAUUUGCACUAAAUGGUUUCAUCCAAAAGAAAUUCAAGCCAUUUAUCAAUCCAAGGUCACUAUCGAUAAGGUCAACUUCGGAAAGUUUGUGGUGAAUAAUAUUAUCGAAAACCCCUCAGAUCAAAAUGAAAUAUAG